ACCAAUCAGUGGACAGUGGGCGGAGCUUGGGGCUGGGCUUGGGGCGGGGCUUGUGGCUAUAAGAGGCCCAGGUGAGCAGCAGGUGUUCAGACAGCAUGGAACUGGACAGGUCCGCCUGCAGCCUUUACUCCAGUGCCGCUCCGUUUCCCUGGCCGGUUCCGAACCCGGUCCACGGCACCGCUCCGCUCUGGUCCUGGUUCUGCUCCUCGGAUCUGCUGGGCCCGGUGCGGCCCCCAUACUCAUACUCAGCCCUCAUCGCCAUGGCGAUCCAGAGCUCGCCCAAUCAGAGGCUGACGCUGAGCCAGAUCUACAGCUUCGUGUCGACCCGGUUCCCUUUCUACGACCGGAACCRGGCUGGCUGGCAGAACUCCAUCCGCCACAACCUAUCGCUCAACGACUGCUUCAGGAAAGUCGCCCGUGGCGACGGCGACCCAGGUAAGGGAAGCUACUGGACUCUGGACCCAGACUGCGGGAAGAGGUUCGACAACGGCAGCUUCCGCCGCAAGAGGAAGAGGAAGUCUGACAGGAAGCCGUCAUCAUCAUCAGAGCCCAGCUCCAAAUGUCCCAGCAUGCACUGCUGCAACUCUGCUCUUCCUCACUCCGGCUCCUCCGCUUCAUCGCUGAACUUUCUGGUUCCAGACKCCACUCCUCCUCUUUCUCCUCUUCCUCUCUUCCCCCCGACCCAGUGSMCYCCCCCCCCMCUCUCCUGCCUGGCCGACCAUCAGGCCUGCAUGGAGCCCGGUUCCGGUUCUGAUCCGGAUACCGGUUCUGAUCUGGGUUUCUCCGAGUUCUUCAGUGAUGCUCUGCUGCUCGACUUUCUGCUCCACCAGUGAAAAAACUCCACUUUUAUAUUUAUCCAGUUAAAUAAUAAGGUGACAAACUUUAGAACGAAGAAAAAAAACAAAGAAAAAAAAUGUGAUUGUUUUUUAAAAUCAGAUAUUCAUUAAUAUAUCCAUUAAAAACAAGUCUACAGUCCAACUUUAAUUGUUUCAAAAGUCCUAAACUGUAACUAUUACUGUAAAUAUAUUGGUUUUCCUAAAAACUGUUGUGUCUGUCUGUGGUUCUGCUGUCACUGGUUUUGUUAAAAGUGUCCAUAUUAGUGCUGAAUUACUUUGUUUUGAUUAAAUAAAGUUUCUAACACAAUAAAACAUCUGAAAAUGAUUGUUAUUCUUCAGGAAUUAUCUGGUGAUAAUAAAUUAAAAGACUUUUUUUAAAUGGGAGUCGAUUAUAAAGGUUCACAGAAAUUAACAGCAAAACAAAUUGAGUUAUUUAGCCUGUUAAAGUCAUAAUUUCACCAUGUUGUUAAUUCCUUUAU